GCUCGCCUCCCCCGCGCGCGGUGACUCCCUCUUGCGCACCGCUUGAACCCUCGCCACGCCGCCGCCCGGCACUGCAGCAUUGGGAGGCGGGGACGGGGGAAGGAGGCGUGGAAGGAGGACCGCAUCGUGCAAGCCCUCCCCUCUUCUCGCCGCUGACACGCUCGAAGGAGUCACCACUCCGUGUGCCGCAGGAGAGAGUGGCAGACGGAGGCGGCCCCAGGCAGAGAGCCUGAGCGGGGCCCGCGCGGUGGCGGCUGCAGUACUGACACCACCCAGGGCAGGCGUUCCCUGGCGACUGGAGUGUUCCAUUUUGAACCCAAAGUGGAUGAUGCUAUCAGAGCUCCACCACUGACCAGAAUCUUCCAAAAAUUCUCAUCUUCACGUUCCAUCUGCUGAGAUAAGAUGGAAGACUCUUACAAGGAUAGGACUUCACUGAUGAAAGGUGCCAAAGACAUUGCCAAAGAGGUGAAGAAACAAACAGUAAAGAAGGUGAAUCAAGCCGUGGACCGGGCUCAAGAUGAAUACACCCAGAGGGCCUACAGUCGGUUCCAAGAUGAGGACGAGAAUGACUAUUACCCGCCUGGAGAAGCCUGUGACGGAGAGGCGAAUGAUGACGAAGGGUCAAGUGAAGCUACUGAGGGUCAUGAUGAAGAUGAUGAAAUCUACGAAGGGGAGUAUCAGGGAAUCCCCAGUAUGAACCAAGGGAAAGAAAGCACAGUGUCGGUGGGGCAGCUCAAGGGCAAUGAGUACAAGGACCGACAGGAGCUCGAGUCAGAGAGAAGAGCUGAUGAGGAAGAGCUAGCCCAGCAGUAUGAGCUGAUCAUCCAAGAGUGUGGUCACGGCCGUUUUCAGUGGGCUCUUUUCUUCGUCCUGGGCAUGGCCCUUAUGGCAGACGGCGUGGAAGUGUUUGUCGUUGGUUUCGUGUUGCCCAGUGCUGAGACAGAUCUAUGCAUACCAAAUUCAGGAUCUGGAUGGCUGGGCAGCAUAGUGUACCUCGGGAUGAUGGUGGGUGCAUUCUUCUGGGGAGGACUGGCAGACAAAGUGGGAAGGAAGCAGUCUCUUCUGAUCUGCAUGUCCGUCAACGGAUUCUUUGCCUUCCUUUCAUCAUUUGUCCAAGGUUAUGGCUUCUUCCUCUUCUGUCGCUUACUUUCUGGAUUUGGGAUCGGAGGAGCCAUUCCCACUGUGUUCUCCUACUUUGCUGAAGUGCUGGCCCGGGAGAAGCGGGGUGAGCAUCUGAGCUGGCUUUGCAUGUUCUGGAUGAUCGGCGGCAUCUACGCCUCUGCCAUGGCCUGGGCCAUCAUCCCGCACUACGGAUGGAGCUUCAGCAUGGGGUCGGCCUACCAGUUUCACAGCUGGCGUGUGUUCGUGAUCGUCUGCGCUCUCCCCUGCGUCUCCUCCGUGGUGGCCCUCACGUUCAUGCCAGAAAGCCCCCGGUUCUUGCUGGAGGUUGGAAAACAUGAUGAAGCUUGGAUGAUUCUGAAGUUAAUUCACGACACAAACAUGAGAGCACGGGGCCAGGUUGAGAAGGUCUUCACGGUAAACAGAAUCAAAACCCCAAAACAAAUAGAUGAGCUGAUCGAAAUUGAGAGUGAUACAGGAACGUGGUACAGGAGGUGUUUUGUUCGAAUACAAACAGAAUUGUAUGGAAUUUGGUUGACUUUUAUGAAAUGUUUCAACUACCCAGUCAGGGAAAAUACAAUAAAGCUUACAAUCGUUUGGUUCACCCUAUCCUUUGGGUACUAUGGAUUAUCUGUUUGGUUCCCUGAUGUCAUUAAACAUCUGCAGUCGGAUGAAUAUGCGUCACAAACUAGACUGGUGACAAGAGAGAAAUACGCAAAUUUCAGUAUUAACUUUACAAUGGAAAAUCAGAUUCAUACCCACAUGGAAUACGACAAUUGCAGAUUUCUAAAGGUCAAUUUCAAAUCUGUAACUUUCAAAGAUUCCACGUUUCAGACCUGCAUCUUUGAGGGUGUGACUUCACUCAACACCUACUUCAAGAACUGCACAUUUAUUGAUACUGUUUUUGACAACACAGAUUUUGAGACAUAUAAAUUCAUUGACUGUGAAUUUCAAAAUGCUACAUUUUUACACAACAAGACAGGAUGCCAGAUUACCUUUGAUGAUGACUAUAGUGCCUACUGGAUUUACUUUGUCAACUUUCUGGGAACAUUGGCAGUGUUACCAGGGAACAUCGUGUCUGCUCUCCUAAUGGACAGAAUUGGACGUUUAACAAUGUUAGGUGGCUCCAUGGUGCUUUCGGGGAUCAGCUGUUUCUUCCUUUGGUUCGGCACCAGCGAAUCCAUGAUGAUAGGCAUGCUGUGUCUGUAUAAUGGACUCACCAUCUCAGCCUGGAACUCUCUUGAUGUGGUCACUGUGGAACUGUACCCCACAGACCGGAGGGCAACAGGCUUUGGCUUCUUGAACGCACUAUGCAAAGCAGCAGCCGUCCUUGGAAACUUAAUAUUCGGCUCCCUGGUCAGCAUCACCAAAUCAAUCCCCAUCCUGCUGGCUUCGACUGUGCUCGUGUGUGGAGGACUGGUGGGACUGCGCCUGCCUGACACACGAACCCAGGUUCUGAUGUAAUUGGGAAAAAAAGCCAUCUAUCGUGUGUUACUUUCUUCUGUCAUGUGUCAAUUCUCCUGACUGAUUCCAAGGCUUCAGAUUUUUCAUACAUAGAGAGGUGGUCAAGUAUCAGAACACAAACUCUUUGCUGUGUCACAGUCUUGCCCUUUAAAUGUGAUUUUGCACAGGUUUUCUUUUCAUGCAUUAUCUUUCCUAACUGUGAUGUGUUACUAACUCCCCAAAACCAUUGGAGGCAUUUCUAAAAAUGUCCUAAGUCAGCCAGACUUCCCUGAGAUGCUGCUCAUUGAAGGUGUAGAGGCUAAGAGGACUGUGCUGGUGUAAGAAAUAGACCCUGCUGCUAAUUCAACAUUAACAGGAAAUAUAAGUUGGCAUAUUCUUGCAUUUGUGCUGAGGAGAGGGGUUAUUUUUUUUUUUUUUUUUUUUGUAACAGAGUGAUAUUUCCUGUUUACUUAGAAGAGGACACCCAGCAAUUCUCACUGUUUCACUGUUAUAUCAGGGCCUUUCAAAGAAAACCGUGUGGUACCAAACAGAGCUAGGUGGGGCUCUCCCAGAUGUGACAAUUAAGAUGACUCCGCUGACCUGACCGGAGAAAUAAAGGCCCCUGGGUUAGCAGAAAAGAUCAGAGUGAGCUGUGUCAGCAAGAUUUCUCUCAGAAAGCUACUUCAACUUCUGAAAGACAUGAGGCAAGAGAGCCAUAAGAGUGUCUGUGAUGGUGGCAUGGGCUCAGGAUGUUCAUAAAUCAUUCACAGAGAGACCUCCUGCCUCCACUGCCGUUGAUCUGCCCACCUGAUUCUGCCACCUUAUCCAAACUGGCUGUAGUCUAGAGACUGUCAGUCAGCAUUUAGGUAGUGAUAAAUUGCAAGUUGGGAAGAAAGUCACACGUAAAGCCAUUUGGAAAUGCAAAAUCGUACCUCGAGGGUCCCUCUUUCUGGAGGGACGGUGCCCCGGGUGGUUGACAUUCUUGGUAGCUGGCAUCACCUAAGCCAGUUGUGUUCCACUAUCUUUCUCUGGGCUGGUACUGGCCCAGACUGUGCUCCUGGCUGCCGUCUUUGUGUAAAAAUCACAGCCGGUCUGUACUCCUGAGGGGCCCCCUAGCAGACAAGGGCAGCACCUCAUGCUGACUGGCUGCUCAUUUUACCUCUGGAAUCUUCCUGGGCCUGGGGGGACAGCAGGCCAUUCCCACGGGCUGCCUGUCAUCUUCAUGACCUCAGCUCUCUGGCCUGUCCCCUCCCCCAGGCUCGUGCUUUUACACAUCUCCUUUGAAAUCCGAAGCCUCCAUGUGGGAUGGCAGCGAUGACCAGCAACCAGGAAUAAAUCCCAUACUUAAACAAUAUUCCUUCUUCAACUCUGUCUUGUUAGGGGGUUAGCCUGGUUCCUUAUUAUAGGUGUUUCUAGCAGGGGCACAGUCCUGGGGCCUCCAGGAAGGGAGAGCUUUUGUUUCCAAUAAUUAUUACAUUCAAAGAUGUCUUAACUCCCCAGAGGCUGCCCUGCCUUCCCCUCCCCUUCCUAAUGAUCCCUCCUAGGGCUCCCACUGCAGAACAGACUUUGUGAAAAGCUUCUUUCAUUCAUGUAAGCCAUCAGUCAACUCCCCCUUGGUGUAAAUCAGGUCUGUACAGGGAGGCAGCCUGGUGUGGGGUUGGCAGGAAGAGAAUGGGUCCCUGGAUUAUGUGCUCAGGGCCAGAAAUAUCAGUAAAACUCAAACCAAAAACUGUAAAGGUGGCAGGAAGAAGGAAGACGUAUUUGAGACAAGAUGUAUUUGAAAGCUAUCAAUGAUCAGGGAAAGAAAUGGAACUUGCUCUUAUUUCGAUAACAAAGACGGUGGUCAAACAACCCAAUGAAUUGCCCUGUGUGAUAUUCUUCUUUCAUAUGUAUUCUUUUCCCCACCUAUCUACUCUUUGAUUUGUCUUCCUAAAAAAUACAUGUUUGGGGACCUGAGCAGGUAAUUUAGUUGAAUGUAAUAUGUGCAGAAAAACCUGCAAGAGUAAGAUGUGAAUCUCCAUCAACCCAUUCAAGAGAGAAAUAGAAACUUGUAUGGGUGUCCCUGUCUGUUGUCUCUCAUCAUAGUUACCUUCGCUUACUGGAUUAUCUUUACAUUUAGAAAUGUCUCCAAUGUCUGUUGUAGGUCUAAAUGUGUAAAAUAUCUCCCAAGCUGCAGAGUAGAGUUUACACAGAAUUUUAUUUGAGCGCUAUGCUGGAUCAGCAUAGAAUAAAUCAGCUGAACCUCAUUCAUGAGACCUCCUAUCACGCAUCCCCUGCAAAAGGACCAUGCCUGACCUUCUUGUAAUGUAACCCAAGUCUUCAAGGUGGCCCAAGAGGGAUCUAUUCUAAUCUCUUGGACAAUCUGUGGUCACAAACCUUCUUGGUCACCACCUUUUCCACCUUGGUGCCCUUUUCUCUGACUCCCUUGCUUUGCUCUCUCCUCAGUUUUCUAUGAGACAGCUCAAAUUGUUUCCAAAGUAUGUGGUGUGGCCUGUCUGACUUGUUCUGGAUUUAGCUGGAGAUUAUGAUCAGCAUGAGAUAAGCAGAAACUCCCAGCUCUCUGAAUGUAGCAGGCCAUUGGCUCAGGAACAUGCAGCCAGCAUCUCAUUUCAUCUAAAUCAGAAGGAAAAAUGAGAGUAUGUGCAAAUAGGAAAGCUAGGAACUUGUCAGCCCCACUGCAACUCUGUUUCUACCUCCUUUUCUAUCCAAAAAGGGUAUCUGUUCAUCUUACUUCCAGGACACUAACCCGGGAGAGAAGAUACACGGGCUCUAGCUCAGGCUCUACAAACCAACAGCGAGGCCCAGUUCCUGCCCCUGAGUAUAAAGCAUUUAACAUCUCUGGCCCUGAGCUUCCCCUUCUAUAGAGUAAAGGAGUGGGACUAAUUUGUUCUCCAAGAUUCUAGAGAAUUAUCAUGAAAAUAGCUUCAUCUUAUGAUCCGCCUUCUUCUGAUGGUAACCCCCUUUUUGCAAAUAGUAAAUAGGUUUAUAAACCAAAAAAAAUUUGGAAUUAGAUAAACAUAAAAAGAGCUCUGGAAGUUGUUUGGAAAGCCUCUAUGGAAUAGGACAGAGUAUAUAUACUUUUCACACUUUGGCUGCCAGCUCCUUAGAAUCCUGAGCAUGAUCUCAGUGUUGCUGCUGGAUUGACAGUUGUCAUGACCCCACAGGAAAGGGAACCACCCUUUCAGGGUAGAAGAAUCUGAUUACAAUAUCAUCACAAAGGCUGCAGCCCAUAGCUCUUGAGACCGUCUGCUUAUGUCUUCAAUAGACCUAGGCUUCCAGAAAUAGAGUUGUUUAGUGAUGUCACCUAAAUUGGCAAAUGCACCUUCAUUUAUAAAUCUCAGCAAAUCAGAGUUCAGGUUUGCACCACAAACUGCUUAGCUGUUUUUUGAGAUAUCUUGAGAUACCAAGGUAGUGUUGGGAAAAGGAAUGUAGUGACAGAGGGUGAGGAAGGGUGGAGAGUCAGAGAUAUCCACUGAGAAGGUUCUGGUGAAGAGAUUAGGGCAUGAUUGAGGCUAUCUAAACUCUAAGAUGCAUCUGAGAAGCAUUCCAUGGGAAUACCUUCUGCUCCCCUCUGCCAACCAAAAUAGAAUAUGAUAUUUUCUAAUUUUUUUUCUGUAAACAUUAAAAUGGCCUUUCCUUCUUUCUCCAAUAAACAUCUCACCUGUUUAUGCAUCAAAGGCUCAGAAACCAGGAAUGUCUGAAUUUGCCUUCACCUGUAUCAUAGAAAGAGAACCAGCUGGUUGGUAAGGAGCCUACUGGCUGUAUAUCUGGCUUUCUUUAACCCUUAUAGCAUGCCAAACUUAUUCCAGCAAACCUACAAAAGUACCAGUUAUGUUGCAACAAAGAAAAGAAAUCUACGCAGUAGGGCCCUCUGAUAUACACUGUACAUUUCUUAGAGUUUUUGUCUCUGCCAAGCAAAGUAUGUAUUUUGAGUAAAGCUGCUCCUGUAAUUUGUGUAAUAUAGAUGAAAGAAAGUUGUCAGUAUUUCCUAACUGUAUUAUGUGUCCCUUCGUUGUUUCAGACCUGGAGUGACAGUUCUCUAUGUAAAGUUCCUUUGCUCUAAAUGUUUAUCAUUUAGUCAACAGUCUCACCAACCGGACACAGAGCCAUUGCCAGGGUUUCCUGCAGUCUUUCUCCAACAACACCUACAUCCAGUUUAGCAAUUGCAGGAUUGUGAGUUACAAGGGUACAGUCAAUGAGUCUGGUUAGGGCCCCGUUUAAGGACUGUGGGUGGGGGAGGAAGAGUGGCAUAAAGCAUUCGCUAGUCUCUUGUUAUUUUAUAUGGUUGUUCAAUAAAUAACUAUUGAGCACCUCUCCAUGUGCAAGGUAUGCAGGUGCUGAGCUACAGACAGAUAAUUAACUCCUCACGGGAUUUAAACAUGGUCAGGGAAAACAGUGGGUACCAAAUGAAAGAAAAAAUCCCAUAUAGACUCCAUUACAUGUUGAAUCCCCCCAUAAACACCAGGUGUUAUUUUUCCAAAUUUAAAACACAUAAUAGCCUAUGGCAGGUGGUAUAGAAACUACUUGGUAACUGGGAACAUCUUUGACAGAUGAAGAAAGCCCUCCAAUUACUUGGCCUUUGCUGGAGGGAUUACUGAAACUCUACUUGGAGAACUGAGAAAAAUGGACCCACACAUAUGCUAUUACUUUAAACGUCUUAGCAAGAAAUUGCACUAAGACAUUAUUCAAGGAAAAAAUCAGCAACAAAGAUAGCCCCUUCUUUACAGAGCUGUUCAUUUUUAAAGUCCCAGUCUCUUCGGGGGUAUUCUUUUCAGGGCCUGAAAGGAGAGGGGCUGGAAGUCUGUUCUGAGGAGGCAUUGCUGGAGCUUUCCCUCCCAGAGCAGCGUCAGCAAAUCCCGCAGCUGUGGCCACUUCCCCUGGGCUCAGCCUUCCAGGGGGUUUCCUUUCCGAUUUCAUGGCUCAAACUGCAGCUUUUCCCCUCUCCACCCUCAACAGAUAAGCCAGCCAGAAAACAGGUUCUGACAGUAAAUAGCUGGUGCAUUUUCAGACAGUGGCAAAGUGUCUUGAAGCUGCAAAGGACCUUUGGGGCUCUGGGGCCCGGGGAUGUGGGGGAAGAGGGCAGAACAGAGAGAGGGUGGUUGUUGGUGACCCUCUUCUUCUCCCUUCUUAGAGUCCUGACUUCCUUUUCCCCACUAGCUCUCUCAUCCCUACCUCCUCCAGCAGUACAGACUCCCUUCCUUUUCCUUUUCUACUUCCUCCUGUCCUCUUGCUGCCUCUUGCAUCUAGCAGUGUACAGAGCUUUAUGGUGCACUUAUGACUAAAGAAUGUUCUGAUCUUCAGGCCCAGAGAAUGGAGACCUCUGGGCAACAGUUAUGGGACAGAGGGAUGGUGGGCACGAGAUUAUGGGGUCCCUGCAUGCAGCCAGAUUUCCAGCUGCUUCUCAAAUCCUUUGGCAUCAUAGGAUGGCCAUGGCUGGCAUGAAAUCUGAGCAGGGCCCUCCCAUGGGGCAGGAGUCUAAGGGAUCAGCAUUUCAGUCCUGAAAGAACAGGAAGUCACCAGUCAGCUUCCUGGAAUCACUGACCACGGAGAGGCAGACACACCCAUCCUUGCCUGCAGAGGGUCCUACUUAGUGCUGAAGGCUGGGCCUUCCGUUCAAAUUGCAGUGCUGAAAUUGCAGAGGGUGCUGCCGUCUGCCCACCCUACCACACUCAUGCUCCCUGUAGAGCCUAGAGUGCACAGAGCAAGAAGGAGCAGAAAGCAGCGCUCGGCUCUGUUCAGACUCAGACAGGGUUUAACACCAUGCUAGUGACCUACCCAAGAGGCAGGGGUGCAGUUUCCUAAGCAGCUUUCAGGUGCCUGGAGAGUGAUGGGCCGAGGCCCCUUGCAGAGUCAAAAGUCACUUAAAGCCAGUGGUGUGCUAAAACAGGUUCAGGCCAGCUCAUCAGAGCCAAUUGUUAAAGUUUCAGGAAUUCUGCAUACCGGUUGUUAAAUGCAGCCAUUAAAAAUUCAGUUAUAUAUACUGACAGUUAAAUUAUGUUUAAAAACGAAAAGUAACGAACAUUCAAAACUCAUCACUUCUGAAUUAUUUUACUGCAUUUUACUAUUAUUUUACUAUUUACUAUUAUGUUCUUGAGGUCAUUUACUCCCAUUGUUCUGUAGGAUAGAAAUGUUAUAUAAUGCUGUGCACAUAUUUCCCAGCACUGAGUUGGAUAACAUCAGGUUUGUAGUUUGCAAUUGGCUGUGGUGAAAGCAUUUAUAUCAUGGUCACCAAAAAAUACUACAAAUCAGGGCCUGCCUCCACCCCACCCCAGCUAGUUGUUAAGCAUUUACCAAUACACCACUAUCUAGAGCCCUGAAGAACAGGGCCCCCCACCCAUUAGGCACAGGUCACAUGUGUCCUCGAAUUGAGCCCCGUGGAUUUAUGGGUCAGCAUUGCCCAUAAGGAAAGGAAAGAUUUACCAUGCUCAACCUCGUGUCGAACAACAAAGGGUUUCUUUCUGAAUUUUUAUUGACUCAUAACAGGCCCACAGUGCAGAGAAUCCAUGGCUUUCUAUGAGUAUUGUUUUCUCAAGGAAACUGUACCAUGAAUUGGCAAUUUUAAUGCUGUGCAAACAAAACCAAACUAGUCUGAAGUUACAGAGUGUGUUCCCCUCUGAUGCCCAGGUAGAUGUCCAAGACAGAGACUCCUUCCUUGCAUCUGACAUUCACCAGGCCUGCCUGGAUACAACAUGACAGGCUGGUUUGAUUUAUUUCCAUCACUAAUGCUGUACCUUUAUAGUUCCUAAUCUGUGUCCUAAAUCAGACAGAAGAGAAAAGAAAUGUUCUUUCUUGAGAUAUGCUUUCUUAGCAUCCAAAAUACAGUUACAUGUCCUCACCCUGACCCACAAACACAUUAAAAAGAUCAUAUGUCCUUUGCUGAUGUCUACAUACUGUAAAUAAAGUCCUAUGGGAGUUUUUUCCUUUCACGUGAGCUUCCAUUCAAGACACAUGCUAAACCCAUAAUCCACUGACUUCUGCGAUGAGUUCUUACAAUGGUCCUAUUCUUGGUUUUGGUGUUUGGGUGUUUUUUCUUUUCUUCUUUUCUGUUUUCACUACUGUAUAAAGUCUCCUUCUAUGUAUGUUCUAGUUAUCCGUAUUGUAUUAUAUAUAUGUGCUGCAUGUGUGAACCCCAAUAAAUUCUGUUUCAGGUUUCUGGAGUUUUCAUCUUAAGUACAGCUGGUCCUGUUGUGAACUCAUCUUUCUGGUAUGCUCUUCUGUGUCAGAUUCCCGAUUGCCAAAAUGUUUGACUAAGUGUGUUUUAACUAAAGUCCUGAGACUGUCAUCCUUGUGAAAGGGCAUGCUCUGUGGGAUGACUCUGUGUACAGCAUAAACCUAUCAAAUGUGGAGGUAUGUAUGCCUUUAUAUGCCAGAUACCUAACAGUCAUGUUAACAACUGCAAAGAUAUUUAACAGACAUCAGAUUAAUAAAAGAGCAUUUUUUGCUCCAUUAUAUUCAAAUAAA